GGAGCCGCAGCCCACCGCGUCGCAGACCCGCCGCCGAGGCCAGUAGACGCGCCCAGUCGCACGUGGCAGACCCGCCCCCUGGACCGGCUGUGUCCUGGACUCCACGAGUCCCGGCUGUCCUCUUCUCCGUCUCGGCCACAGGGGCGCGAUGAGCUUCCUUAGCCGUCAGCAGCCGCCGCCGUCCCGUCGCGCCGGGGUCUCCUGCACCUUGCGGCAGAAGCUGAUCUUCUCGCCCUGCAGCGACUGUGAGGAGGAGGAGGAAGAAGAGGAGGAGGAGGGCAGCGGCCACAGCACUGGUGAGGACUCGGCCUUUCAGGAGCCCGACUCGCCGCUGCCGCCUGCGCGGAGCCCCACCGAGCCCGGGCCCGAGGGCCAUCGGUCGCCCGGCCCAGCCCCCGGCAGCCCCGGGGAGCUGGAAGAGGACAUGUUGCUGCGGGGCGCCUCCCCGAGCGUGGACGCAUCCGGCGGUGGGGCGGAGGGCGACUCGUGGGAAGAGGAGGGCUUCGGUUCUUCGUCGCCGGUCAAGUCGCCGGCGGCAGCCUACUUUCUGGGCAGCUCGUUUUCGCCAGUGCGCUGCGGCGGCCAGGAAGACGCGUCCCCGCAAGGUUACGGGGAGCGCAUGGCGGGCGAGGGCCCCUGCUCGCCGCUGCGGGACCACCCGGGCACGCCGCCGCACAAGACCUUCCGCAAGCUGCGGCUUUUUGACACACCGCACACCCCCAAGAGUUUGCUCUCCAAAGCUCGGGGAAUUGAUUCCAGCUCUGUUAAACUCCGAAGUGGUUCUCUAUUCAUGGAUACAGAAAAAUCUGGAAAAAGAGAAUUUGACAUUCGACAGACACCUCAAGUGAAUAUAAAUCCUUUUACUCCAGAUUCUGUAUUGCUUCAUUCCUCAGGACAAUGUCGUAGAAGAAAGAGAACAUACUGGAAUGAUUCCUGCGGUGAAGAUAUGGAAGCCAGUGAUUAUGAGUUUGAAGAUGAAACAAGACCUGCUAAAAGAAUUACAAUUACUGAAAGCAAUAUGAAGUCCCGGUAUACAACAGAAUUUCACGAGCUAGAGAAAAUUGGCUCUGGAGAAUUUGGUUCUGUAUUUAAAUGUGUGAAGAGGCUGGAUGGAUGCAUUUAUGCCAUUAAGCGAUCGAAAAAGCCAUUGGCCGGCUCUGUUGAUGAGCAGAAUGCUUUGAGAGAAGUAUAUGCUCAUGCAGUGCUUGGACAACAUUCCCAUGUAGUUCGGUAUUUCUCUGCAUGGGCAGAAGACGAUCAUAUGCUCAUACAGAAUGAGUAUUGUAAUGGUGGAAGUUUAGCCGAUGCCAUAAGUAUAAACUACAGGAGCAUGAGGUACUUUAUAGAAGCAGAGUUAAAGGAUCUCCUUUUGCAAGUUGGCCGGGGCUUGAAGUAUAUUCAUUCAAUGUCUUUGGUUCACAUGGAUAUAAAGCCUAGUAAUAUUUUCAUAUCUCGAACCUCAAUCCCAAAUGCUGCCUCUGAAGACGGAGAUGAAGAUGACUGUGUAUCCAAUAAAGUUAUCUAUAAAAUAGGUGAUCUGGGGCAUGUAACAAGGAUCUCUAGUCCACAAGUUGAAGAGGGUGAUAGCCGUUUUCUUGCAAAUGAAGUUUUACAGGAGAACUAUUCCCAUCUGCCAAAAGCAGAUAUUUUUGCCCUUGCCCUCACAGUGGUCUGUGCUGCUGGUGCUGAGCCUCUUCCCAGAAAUGGAGACCAGUGGCAUGAAAUCAGACAGGGUAGGUUACCUCGGAUUCCACAAGUGCUUUCCCAAGAAUUCACAGAGUUGCUAAAAGUUAUGAUUCAUCCAGAUCCAGAGAGAAGACCUUCAGCAAUGGCACUGGUGAAGCAUUCAGUAUUGCUGUCUGCUUCUAGGAAAAGUGCAGAACAAUUACGAAUAGAAUUGAAUGCUGAAAAGUUCAAAAAUUCACUUUUGCAGAAAGAACUCAAGAAAGCCCAGAUGGCAAAAGCUGCAGCUGAAGAAAGAGCAUUCUUCACUGACCGAAUGGCCACUAGGUCCACCACCCAGAGUAAUAGAACAUCUCGACUUAUUGGAAAGAAAAUGAACCGCUCUGUCAGCCUUACCAUAUACUGAACUCUACUCAAUUUCCCACCUUCCCCCAAAACUGUGACAAGAGGAGGCUAAGCUAGGUUGAAAUCACUUCUAGAAUGUAGUUUGCAAAUUACUUUCUCAAAAUCGGUGUCAGUAGUUUUACUGAAAUACUUUUUAGGACUUUUUUUUGUGAACUGCAGUUAAAAGCUGUAUUUUCACCAGUGCUCUAUCAGGCUUUCGUCUAGUUUUACCAGUUUGUCUUCUGUAGGGUGUCAGUCACUGUUGGAUGUCACAUCGGCCUUUCCAGGGUUUUAACUACUGUGGUGGUGUGCUGCUUAUAGUUUGCUGUUGCAUUGUGAUGAAAGGUAUCCUUCCCUUUAGUGACCUGAAAAAGGGCUCAAGGGCCUUAUUACAAGCAUUCUCCCUUGGAAAAGGGGAGUGCUAAGAGAAUCAGUUACUACCCAGGCAUCAAUGUAACUGUGUGUCAGUCUUUUUUUAAUUGUGAAUUAUACUUGUAUAUCCAACUGGGAGCACUUUUAGGCACUGUAUGAACCAUAGAAUAAUUCUGUGGAAGUAUUGCCUUGUGAAUUUGCUGCUAUUUUAGUUUUGUCUUUGCUGUAUAAUUGUAGCAUUAAACAAUCAUUGUUGUUAAUAGGCUUUCUUUUGAAAACAAUUAUGUGAAAUACAAAGCUGCUCUUGAUAAAAAGCAGCUAUUUGCCUUUUUUCCCUUUGAACAUUGAAGCUAGUGCAUUGGAAAAAUGCACCCUUUUCCCCCUUUGGAAUGCUGUAUUAAUGUAGUGUAAUUGUUACUGGAUUUGUAAUUCUUUCUGGUAAUACCCUUCCCUAACUUUUAAAAAAUGUUUUCUUUUUCCACCUGUUUUGUACUUGAUUGUAUCGUUAGUCUGUUUUUAACUGUUUUGCCCAGUUUCUCUUCAAUAUAUGUGUAUAUAAACUAAUCUUGGUGAUACUGUACAUAGCUGUUUCAAAUGCCAGAAUGACUUCUGACUAUUCCAAGCUUCUCAUAAAAUAUAUUUUAUCUGUGAUUAGCCAUUUGACUAAUAGUACUGGCUAACAGAUGUUGAAAAAAAAGAAUUUGUCUGUUGUUCAUUUUCUUAUUGAUUUUGGUUUAAAACAUGUUUGUAUUUGUUUGACUUGUGUUUUAUUAACAUUGAUUGGCAUAUUAAAAGUCACUCUGAGCUUAAUUGUUUAAA